AUGCCACACCAGACACGCCAUCUCCUGAUCCUAUCCACCCUCGCACUCCUCGUAGCGACGAGCGAAGCAGUCGCGCACCACCCUCGCGCUCAGCCCACUUCGUCCGUCCGUCUCGCCGAACGAGGGUUCUGGUGUGGUGUGUUGGGACUGGGAUGCUCGGAGAGUAGUGCAGCGCCGAGCGGAGUCAGUGCGACGGCGAGCGGAACGGCGGCGACGGGUUCGGCGGCGAGCGCGAGCGGGACGCUGGUGUCGGCGACGAGCGAUGCGAGCGCUAGUGCGACGUCCGCUUUGACGAGCGCGACGUCGGCCCUCACGAGCAGCGCGUCGAGUACGUCGAUGCCGUCUUCGACGCCGAGCACGCCGAGCAGCACGAGCUCGUCGACGUCCUCGCCGACUUCCUCUCGCACUUCUUCUUCGUCUGCCGUCUCCAUUGUGACAAUCACGUCCGUCGUGACGAACUCGGACGGGUCAAGUUCGACAAUGUUGCAAGAAUCGGCGAGCGCCGUGCCCGUCAAGAACAACACGAGCAGCGGUCCUUCUGGCAAGACGUGGGGCAUCAUUGGCGGUGUCAUCGGAGGCGUCGCCGUGGUCGUUGUCGGCUGCCUCCUCUUCUGGCGCCUAACCCAACGACGUUUCUCCAACCUCGACCACGACAUCGGCGAGAUCAAGUGGCCCGAACUCCAGCCGGACGGGGGCGAGACGAACCUCUCCACGCUUAACCCUCCCGCGACGCGCAAGACGGGCGGUGCGGGGGUGGAGAUGGAGAAGGACCGGGAGUUUGGGUACGAGACGGAUGAGGACGAGUUUGGGAGGCCGCAUGGGACAGCUGGAGGAGCGGAGUGGGACGCUGGAAGUCCGAGGUUGGGCUAUGGCCCGAAUGGGAGCGAGCAGUUCUGUGAGCGUGGAGGGGGACCGAGGGCGCAGAGUCCGUAUGAGCUCGCGUACGCGGGUGCAGGAGCGGGCGCGUACGGCGGGAGCUAUUACGACCCGUACCUUGGUACCCCGGCCCCAUCGCACCUCCCUCCGGGCGCCGCCGCAACCGCCAUCGACCCUUUCGCGAACCCUCCCACAACGAACAACCCUCACCCCUCCGCUCCACCAGCGAUCGUCUAUCCCCCACCCUCGCACCAGCACCCCUCGUACCCGAACCCGUUCGCAAGCAGCGCAGACGACGUACCCCUCACAGCUGCGCAGGUCCCGCGGGCGGGAUCUCCUGCGGUGGCGGCGGGAGGGAUCCCUUACAAUGCGAGGGCAGGCGCGAUGAGUCCCAGUCCGCGGUACUAG